UGGCCUCGACGUGUGUCAGUGUCACAAGCCUGCGUGGACUAAUGCUGGCUUCUGCGAAUGCACGAAGGAAAUGUAAUAUCUUCUGCCUCUUUUUAUACCUCCGCACACACCCUGAAUGACCGCGGGGAACUCUUGAAAACGUAGGUAUUUACGUGAGAAGAUGGCCGCCAAAGUGGCAACAAGCGCCUCCGUCAGCGUUCUGUCAUGGGAGCAAGUGAACUGCCUGGACGAGGUCCUGAGCGAGGUGGUGCCGGUCCACGGCCGCGGAAACUUCCCCACGCUGGAGGUGCGUCUGAAGGACAUUGUGGCCCGGGUGCGCUCCAGCCUGACUCUGAGCGGCGUCUGCGUGAAGGACGUGCGUUUGAACGGCUCGACGGCCAGCCACGUGCUGGUGCGCGACUUGGGUUGGAGCUACAAGGACCUGGACGUCAUCUUCAGGGUGGACCUGCCGCACGAGUCCGAGUUCCGGCUCAUCCGCGACGUGGUGCUGGGCACCCUGCUGGACUUCCUACCUGAGGGUGUCAACAAGGAGAAGAUCACACCGGCGACGCUCAAGGAGGCCUACGUGCAGAAGCUGGUCAAGGUCAACACGGAACAGGACCGCUGGAGCCUUAUCUCGCUGUCCAACAACAACGGCCGCAAUGUGGAGCUCAAGUUCGUCGACCGCAUCCGCCGCCAGUUCGAAUUCAGCGUUGACUCCUUCCAGAUCGUUUUGGACUCAGUGUUGGCUUUCUACGCGGCGGGUGAAGCCGCCGCCAAACCCAUGUCGCCCGAGCACCACCCGGCGGUGAACGGCGAGAGCGUGUACGGUGACUUUGAUGUGGCACUGGGCCACCUGCGCGACAAGCUCAUCGCCACCAAGCGUCCUGAGGAGAUUCGCGGCGGCGGGCUGCUCAAGUACUGCAACCUUCUGGUGCGUGACUUUCGGCCCGCCAGCGAAGAGGAGUUCAAGGGCCUGGAGCGCUAUAUGUGCUCGCGUUUCUUCAUCGACUUCCCCGACAUCAGCGAGCAGCAGCGCAAAGUGGAGGCGUACCUCCACAGCCACUUUGUGGGCGAGGAGUCCAGCAAGUACGAUUACCUCAUGAUCCUGCGUCGCGUGGUCAACGAGAGCACCGUGUGCCUCAUGGGCCACGAGCGGCGCCAGACCCUGCACCUCAUUUCGCUCAUGGCCUUCCGUGUACUUGCCGAGCAGAACGCCAUACCGGACGCCUCCUGCGUCACCUGCUACUACCAGCCGGCGCCGUACGUGCGCGACCACAACUUCAGCAACUACUAUGUGGCCAACCAGAACAUUCCCACAUGGCUGCCGUGCAACUGACGGGUUGACUGGGAGGGGCACAAAAAAAGAGAAAAAAAUGAGACAACAGAAGGUCACAACAUUUUCUGAAUGAAGACUUUCAUUUUUUUGGGAACCCUUUGGUGUUCCUUCUCUUCCGAUGCAUCAAUGUGAUAUUUUUAAGUGUUAUUCCCAAUUUUCUUUCUUGCUGGAUGCCGACCACCCCUUAAAAGGUUAAAGGGCUGUUGAUGACAAUGAAGCCUUAAAAUAGGCUUUAUUUAUUUUUUUUGCUUUUCUUUUUUCCCUUCGUCCUUUGAGUAUGAAAAAGGUGGAAAAUGUUGAAAAAUGCUAUCUAUGGGAAAGUGUAAUAAGGUGUACCCAAAAUUGGAAAAAAAGGUUGGUGAAUCUGGUAUAUUAUGAGGAAUCAAUUUUCUUUUAAUUCAAAUUUUGACUUUGAAAUCUCACAGGUGAACUAAGAAGAAAAAAAAAACCAAGUGCCUGUAAUGUGUUUAAAAAAAAAUCUGAAUGUGCUCAGUUGAGUUGAUCUUGGUCACAUGACCAUGUAUCGCUGCGUUCGUAACUUCGUGCCGGUGCUUGUGUCGGCACCUUCAAGCAAAGGCAUCGAAAUGAUUAAUCAUGACAAUGCGAGUUUGUGACCACAAAGCACACAGCUUGAUUUUUGUGUUGUGGCGUUCCAGACCCAAAAGGCACGUCGCUUCCACGGUCCUACUCGGGCCUUCCAUGCAGAAGCACGUGGCGAGUCCCCACGCUGGCCCUGCAACCAGAGCCUUCUUCUAUAAUUAUCCUCACUCAGUCUUCACUGGAGUCAGGUGGAGGGACUUGCUGCCUUAACUCCAUGUGUGGUCAUGGGUAAAGAUACCAGGUGUGUUUGAUGACAUCAUGCUAUUAUUAUUAGCGUUGUAAAGCAGUGUCGAUGAUCCCUGUAUGUUGGCCUGUUAUGCAAGGGGCAGCGAUUCCCAAAACAGCCACCUACCCAAACAGCCCGCAGCACCAACUGUCCCCAACAUGGGCCUUGGCCUUUUCUCAGAAUCGCUUGCCUCUACCAGUACACUGCCGCCCGUGUUUGCCCCAGAUAACCGGCAGCAACUCUUAUCUGAAGUUAAAGGGUGCGGGUGGCCCCCUGCCCUGCCCCUCCGUCUGGCUCGUUGUACCUUGCCGAGUGCUUUCCAACAAACCAGUGACAUGCUGCCCACUCCCACUCUGGACCAACAAGGGUUCUUUUGGGUUUUUCGCUUUUAAUUUUUAGUUGAUAGAGUUGGCUCGUGAUGCUCGGGGGAGGCAGGUUGUCAUUUCUUUUCUGACCCUUUAAACGAACCAGUGUUGGCUUAAUGCCCCAUUUAGAAAAAUCCUGGUGGGUGUUUGGAGCUCAUUUUUAUUAGUUUUAUUUUUUCGUCAUGUUCUUUUUGUCCCCCUCCCCCAUCUCACUCCUCCUGUACCCCCUGAGGAAUCUUUGUCCUAUCUAGCCGAUGAAGAAGGUAAAUAAGCUAACGAGCAGUUGCUCAGGGAUUGAUUAUCCUGGCCCCCAUUGCUUUUUUUUUUUUUUUUAAACCUUAAUUUCGGGUGGGUGCAUCGAUUUAGAGUGCCCUCAAGCUAAUGUAAGGGACUCUCAAUCUUGGCAGUUCACUCUUGUGAGUUGGAGAGAUUUGUUUGCAGGCACACGCAUCUUGGCUUUGUUGGAGUAGGGUUGUGGUGCUCUUUGGUUGGCGAUCACUGAGUGAUGACUCAUUGUUUUUGCUUGUGUUUGUGGGCAGGUGUAAAUGCUGCGCCUCGUGGCGAGCAUUUGCCAAUUUAAGUGCCAAGAAAACUUGAAGGAAGAAACCACGUGGCCUAUAUUUGUGUUUACGCUAUUUGUCUCUGACUGAAGGUGUCUGCCAGUAAGCCCGCCAUGAGGGAUAAAUGAAAUUUACGUGAGGGUUAAAGUGCCUUUUUGUUUGUUAGUUUUCCGAUCUUUUUUUUUUUUUUUUUUUUUCCUGCUGUAAAUUUGUCAGUGUUACAUAUCGCUGCUUCCGUUGUGCAUACUGUGUGAGGAGUAGGUUGCGCCCACAUAGUCUUGUUUUGCUUGCUAGGUGGUGGUGAUGGAUGGUUAGUGGUUUUACACCAUGAGAACUUUCUCAAGAGUUGUAUUUUUUUGCAGCAGCUAUGUGUGUGAGUGCUGGUGGACAUAUACAUGUCACACUUAAAUAUAUUUUUGGAAGAAGAGAGGUUUUUGUCGCCGUGAUAACUACGACGACUAUUUGAGUGGUUGGGGGUCCCCCACCCUCAAUUUGUCAGCACUUUGAUCUCACUCUACCUUUUCCUUGGAAAUAUUCACAUGUAUGGGGAAAAUGUGCUUGAAAAGGAAAUGAUAAAUAAAUAUAUUGAAUGCAACAUUGA